GGACAACUGAAGGGCAAACUCAAGCAUGUUAAAGAACCCUCAGUUGAACUGAGAAUAGGCCCUAUGCGCUUCAGUAGGCAUAUUGUGGUAAGACGAAAGCUGGUAUUUUUCCUCCAUCAACCCAAAUUUCAAAACAAAGGGUCAUUUGUUAGAGCAGAAAUGUGUCGGUGGUAGCAAGUUUUGGUUUGUCGGCUGGGCCUACUUCCGGUUAAACUGCUUGUCCAAAAAUAUAAGCUAUGGAAUAUUUUAACAUGUGACACCUCAUUUAUCUUGGGCCAUCAUACACGAAUUAGGGCCCCUUAUGGAAUUUGAUCUAUUGAUCACGAGUGACAUUACAUUUAUUCAAUUUAGGUGACAGUUUUAUCCAAAGCACAAUUGAACCCGGGUCUCUGACACCAAAGGCAUGUGUUUUGUCCAUUGCGCUAUCACCACCAACUUCUACGGCGAGAUGAAAGGAGGCUGACUCUGUCUUUUACAUCAAUGAUGCUUGGUGCUCAAACACAUUCACAACAGACGCACACAAAAGUCAAACUUUUUAUGUGAAGAUGAAAACACAGCCACAUUAUCAUGCUGUUGACAUUCACCCCAGACGCAAAUUCAUAAAAUGCUCUAUGGAAUGGUCUGUGGAGUGUAUAGGCCUAUGUAGACUAAAUAAAUACCUGGAGCCUAUUUAUUGUUCUAUUGUAUUUUAUACAUUAUAUUGUAUUGUCACCAUAUUUUAAUAUAACUUUAAUUAUCUGUUAGCUUGUGUAGCAUAAAGGACUACAAACUUUCUUUUCGUUAUACAACCUUGUGCUGUAUAAUAAAUAAACUCCCUGGCUUUAUUUUGAACUUGGCCUCCGCGGAACUUUCUAACCAUGCGGAACAAAAAGGGAGCACUUGUUUCUGGUAGGAACAGUGACGUACACCGGAAGUGUUGCGUUGUUUCUGUGUUCAGGAAGAAUUCCGCCCAGUGCUUUUGUCGCCAUGGCGUUUCAACAAUAGCAUUGCACUAGACGGUCCUGUUUUAUAAGACAUUUAAGUGGCUCAACAUGCCGAAGGUCGUGUCUAGAAGUGUCGUGUGCUCGGACACCAGAGACAGAGAGGAGUAUGACGACGGAGAAAAGCCUCUUCAUGUCUACUACUGCCUGUGCGGUCAGAUGGUUUUGGUGUUGGACUGCCAGCUGGAGAAGCUGCCCAUGAGGCCCAGGGACCGAGCCAGGGUGAUCGACGGGGCCAAACAUGCCCACAAGUUCUGCAACGUAGAGGUGGACGAAAACGCGUACAUCAAGAGAGCCGAGGGCAUCGAGAGACAGUACCGCAAGAAGUGCGGCAAGUGCGGCUUGCUGCUCUUCUACCAGCACCAGGAGAAGAACAAUCCGGCCACCUUCAUCGUGGACGGAGCGGUGGUCAAGUUCGGGCAGGGUUUCGGCAACACCAGCGUCUACAGCCAGAAGCAGCCGGAGGCUCCCAAGAAAGUCCGCGUGAUGAUGACCAAGCGGACCAAAGACAUGGGCAAGUUCAGCUCUGUCACAGUCUCCACCAUCGACGAGGAGGAGGAGGAGAUCGAGGCCCGGGAGGUGGCGGACUCGUACGCCCAAAACGCCAAAGUGAUCGAGAAGCAGCUGGAGAGGAAGGGCAUGAGCAAGAGGAGGCUGCAAGAGCUGGCCGAGCUGGAGGCCAAGAAGGCGAAGAUGAAGGGCACCCUUAUUGAUAAUCAGUUCAAAUAGAAGAGUCUCAAUGAGGGACACGCUGUGACACAAUGUAAUCCUCUGAAGAUCCUCAUGCCCAGUAGUUUUUCUGUGGCGAAACAGCACUCCAGUACAUGGAGGGCAGUAUUUGGACAUAUCAGUAUAAGACUGGUGAUUUGUGUUGCCUAUUAAGAUGGUGAUGUUGUAGUGCUUUAAAUUAGUUUAAAAUGUUAUUUUGUACAACAAUUAAAAGACCAAAUGAACCUGUUUGGUAUUUUUUUCAAA